CCAGCAAAACAAAACAAAGAACAACAAAACCUAAGUUCAUGCAAACCCCAAAACAAACCAAAACUAUUUACAUAAGAAGGUUUCUCUUCAUGCAGAUGUCCUACAUUCUGUGGCUGGCUUUGGACACAAAUUGAAAGACAACCCUGAAUUGAAAUACCCUCUUCAAGACAAGUGUGGUCAUGCCACUUUGGGGCUUCUAGGUUAAGUCCUUGCCAAAGUUGAUCUUAUGCCAUGUUGGCCACUAUAUGAUUCUGUCUGCCAACCUGUGUCUGUGUGCCCAUUCAAGAGCAAAAAAUGACACGGGGAGCAUCUGUUACCAAAACACAUAACAGCUCAUGGUGACAUCCUUCCUAAAUCAUCUCUCUGAACAAUUCACUUCACCAUCACUUGUGCAUGAAAUUGAGUAGUUCCCGCACUGGACUGGAGUGAGAAUAUGAUGCUUCUUUUGUGUGGUCUGUCUGGAUAGCAGCAUGACAUCAACACAGUCUCUGUUGACAUAUCUCCUUCCACAUAUGAAGGGCUGAGGACUCAGUCAGCUACCAAAAGUUUGUAGCAAUAAACUUUCAGAGUAACUAUGAGCGGAAACAUAUUCUCUCUCCAUGUUGUUGUGGCUCUCACUGGGAACACUUGCUGGUAGAUGUCAUCUUUUUCUGCAUAACUCUUGGUGUUUAUUUUUUUGAAUCAAGCAUCUUCUUGAUGGUUCCUUUAUUCCAUAACUAGUGAGUCAACAGACACAUGGAUCAGAUUAUGGAUGGAUGACCUGCAGGGCAGAUGAUAUUUGUCUUACUGGUGAUUUCACAACUAGUAGUACAUGUCUUGUUCUGAGGAGGCCUUGAUCAUAGAGUGGAGAGUGUCAGGGUUUCUAGUAGACAAUGGAUUCCUUCAGCCUCCUCAGUUCUCAUAAAGGGUGCUGUGAGAGAAGAAAAGGCAAUCAGAUCUAAAAACAGCCUUGCUGGAUCACUAGCUAGAUAAAUUCAGGGCCUAUUCACACAUAGGAAACCAGAAUCAAGGAAGAACUCCACCCCACAAAUGCCGUGUUGCUGGGGAUGGGAUGUCAUGGUGGCUCACUUGCUUAUGACACUUAGUGCUCCUGCUGCAGCAGCUCGGUCGGCAGGAGGCUCUCAUCCUGAGCUGUGGAUUGUUCCAGCUCAUGUUGGAGAUUUUCUGACCUAGAGGAGGAAGUUCGUAAAGGCAGAGUCCAGGUGGGGAUCAACCAUGUCACCUGUCAUUCAGUGAUAUCACAAAAACUCAAUUGUGCUGGACAGUCAACACUGAUCUUUGGCAGCAUUCAUUGUAUGUACACCUAAGGAAUAAGUGUCACAGAGUAGUUGGGCCUUGAAUUAUUUUCUGCCCUUAACAAGUAUCAGAUGUUGAUAUGAGUACUAUAUGUACUGUGCUCUAAUGAGAAAGAACAGGACUUUUUCCUACAGUAUAGAGUCAUCAUCUAAAUAAAAGGAGUAGCAUAUUAAAGUCAUAUAUAAUAGCACAGUGGAGAUACACAGACUGUUCAUGAUGAGUUUCUCAUCAACUACCUCAUUUUUUUUCUUGUCCAAUUUCUGUUUAUUUCUUUCUAGGCAGGGUUACAAUAUGCAUCUCUGGCUGACUAGAUACAUAUUCUAGGAUGGCUACAAGAGGCCAGAGAUUUCCUGCCUGUGCUCCCAAAGAGCUUGGAUAAAAGACAUGAACAAUCACAUACACCUGUCCUUAUUCCUGAUUUUAAUUGAUAUUAUUUUAUUUUCCUCUCCAUGUUGUACAAUGCUGUCACAGGUUUGAUAGAGAAAACCUUAAAAUUCCAAGCUGUGUUUCUUCUUGUCUUUUUUAGAGGGAUUACAUGAGUAAGGGUGGUAAAGAUCAUGAUGGGGAUAUCUACAGAAACAACUGAACCAAGCUCAAAAGAAGUUAGGAAAUUUAGACUGACAGUUGUGUUCUUCUGCAUAUGGGGGACAGUUGUGGAGCUGGUUGUGUUUGAGAGGCCCCUGGCAGUGUGAUCAGGAUCUAUUCCUGGUGCAUGAGCUGUCUUUCUGGAUCCCAUUACCUAUGGUUGGACACCUUGCUCUUGCUUGAUAAAGUGGGGAGGGGCUUGCUCCUGCUUCAACAGAAUGUAUUAGGCUUAACUGUCCUACCAUGGGAGAACUUACCCUAUUGGAGGAGGGGGUGAAGAGUCAGGGAAGAACGUGAGUGGGGAGUGGGAGGAAAGAAGAAAGAGGGAUCUGUGGUUGGUAUGUAAAAUGAAUUAAAAAAUAAUUUUAAAAAGACCACCUCAUUUUAUAUACAUAGACUUAAUACACCUUUGCAUCCAGGUAAUAUACAAGAUGGAGCCUGUCAUGCUAGAGCAGUAUUUCUUGAGCCAUGUGUCUGAGAACAUUGUCACUGCAUGGUCUCUGGCAACAAACAAAAAGGCCUGUGUUAUCCUUAGGCCUACAGCUGGGAAUCUACAUCCUGGCACUCUAGAGGAGUCUGUUAUACAACACUCGGUGAAGGUUCAGAGACAUCUACCUGGGUUCAUCCUGCCAAACACUAAACGUAUUAUGUCCCCAGUACACUUUACAUGGGAAAUUCUCAAACAAUGAAGACACCCAGUGUGACAUCAAAUAGUGACAAGGGUGCAAAUCUCAUCCUACAGGUGCUAAUCCUGAAUAAAAAUGUAAUUUCAGUCAGAUAUGGUGAGGCACACCUUUAAAUCCCAUCACUUGGGAGGCAUAAACAGUCGGAGCUCUGUGAGUUCAAGGAAAGCCUGCUGAGAACAUUCCAGAGAGAUCAGAAGGGAGGAAUGGGACACAAGUGUACAGACCCAGGGAGUAUCAAACAUAUUAUUUGCUGGACAGAAGUUCUUGUUGACGGGACCAGCAUAAUACUCUGAGUUCUGAGUUGGUCUACCCAUGCUUGGAGCAGGAAGUCUUGCUGAUAAGCAAAAGCCCACAAAGGACAGAGAGCCCUGGUACAGGGGACCCAAUUGGCUCCAUAACCGAACUUGAGCCUACCUCAUCUGGGAGACAGGCAAAUGAUGCUGCAGCUUUAUUGCCAGGUGUUUUUUCUGGGUGACAAGCUCCCUCUGUUUCAGCAAGCUCUGGAGACUCUCUUCCAUUCUUUGCUGCUCCUGUUCAUUACAAGUUUGUGUACUUGUUGGAGGGUUGAGUAUAGUAUAGUCAAUACAUUCUCACACAAGUGCAAGCACACACACAGAAUCCCAAGAGCUUAUUGGUCAGACAAUCUCACAAAAUUUCAAGCUCAUGGGCACAUGAGGAAGCCUGCUUGAAGUUCAUUAGACAGAGACUGACAAAGACAGAAACCCAGUGGUCUCCUCUAGCUGUCAUCCACAUGAAAUAUGCACUGCACUCCCACAUGUCUCUAUUACACACACACACACACACACACACACACACACACACACACACACACCACGGAGAGACAGAGAGAGACAGAGAAAGGAGUGAAAUGAAAACAACAAAGUGAUAGAGGAGUAGUUAUCUUUAAAAUAAGCACACCAGCCUUUAAGCAAACUCCCAAAACUCAGCUUUCCAUUCCUGGGAACUAAAAUGACCUAGGGGAGCAUACUCCUGAACUAGUGGAGAUGGUUAGAAAAAUUUUUACUCUUGAACUCAAUUCUGUGUAUAGCAAUCCUCCCAUCAUAAUGACAUGUAGCUGUGUGAUGAGUGAUUGACCUGUUUGUCCCCAUUGACUACAGGUUCAAGAAGAGUAUCAGGGAUUGGAUGCCAAUGACCCAGAUUCUCAGAGGAGACACACUUCUCAGAAAUAUUAAUGCACAGACACAGAAUGAACAAUUUUAUGUCAUGAAGUGGGUGAUUGGAUGGGUGUAUGGAUGAGAAAAGUGAUGAGAUAUAGCACAGGUGUGUCUGGAUGGGUGGAUUUGGUAAGGUUACAUAAGUAAAUGAUGCUGGACCUAACUGUGACCCAGCUGCCUGUCCCUACCUGCUGUUGCUGGUUCUGGAGGUCACUGAUCUCUUCUUGAUCCUUACUGAGCACUUGCAAGUCACCCAAGUGGUGCUUCAGCACGACCCAAUCCUCCAGUAGGUUCUCCUUCUGUUGCCUCAGCAUAUCCAAUUUCUUUUUGAGCUGACUCUGCUCCAUCAGGAGCCGGCUCUGCAGAUCACUGGAAACACACUCCAAAUAGUAAGAACAUGUCAGCCACCUCUAGUCACCCACAACACCAUGCCUCAACAACCCAACCCUAUCCCAGGCUCACAGCAAGAUGUAAACAAGAACCUUCAACAGUAAUGACAGUGGCACUCAAGGCCAAAAGCAGAGAACAGUUAUUUCCUGCAAGAAUCAAACUAUUUCUGAAACCCCCCCCCCAAAUAACAGAAAUUCAUGCACUUCCAUAAACAAGAGGAGUACCCCACCUGUCCUAAUCAGUCCACUGUCAUGAGGAAACACCAGCAGGUAAUGUGCAAGUACACUUGGGGAAGUAGGAGACCCAAAGGGUACAUAGAUCCCAUAGCAGUAAACUCCAGCCUGACACCCCUCUUGUGAGGCCAAUUGAUCUUCUAACCAGUGGUUCUCAGUAUGUGGGUUGUGAACCCUUUGGGAUCUAAGGAGCCUUUCACAAGGGACACAUAUUAGAUGGCCUAUGUAGACAUUUACAUUAAAAUUAUUAACAGUGCAAAAUAAACUUAAGACAAUGCUACAAAAUAAUUUUAUGGUUUGGGGUCAUCAAAACAAUGAAGCAAUGUAUUAAAGUAUCACAGCAUUAGGAAGGUUAAUAACCACUGAUCUGGAGGCUACUGAAUGACAAUAUGGUGCUUGGAAGAGCUAAUAGUCUCUUUAAACCUUAGCAAAACUGUGUAAAGGGGCAUAAGUCCAAAGGCUGCUUGCUAAUGCUGCUGGCUAAGAAGCAGAAAAACUAGAAGCACAUCUACAGACCCUGCAGUUCAGAGACAAAGAAACUCAGAGUUGCCCAUUGUACAACAGUUGGGGUCCCUGCCAAGAUAAGCACUUACCAAAGGAAGAUUUUCUCUUUGGUCAGCUCACUGAGCUUCUGUGACACCUCCAAAUUCUCAUUCUCAAACUUCUGCAGGUGUGACAUGACCUGCUGAUGUUCCAUCUUGAGCUUUUCCCAGAAAGGAUUUGGCCUGUGGUAGGGCCUGGACCCAGAAGCAAAGAAUUCCAUGAAUACAGGCCUCAAGGAUCACAUGAAUUCAGUGUGUGUUCUAAUACUGGAAUUAAUAAGAUGCCACAUAAUGGCUCCUAUGUACUGGGACCUCUGGCUCCUUAUUGCACUUGCUCUUCUGUUCCCAGGCCAGCAGAGUCAGGGUGUUAAGAGGGAUGCAGCUGGGACUGAAUAUGCUCCCCCAGGAGUACUGUACAGCUUGCUAUGGAGUUCCCACAAGUUUAUCACAGGUCUGGGCUCACCAGAAACUGUGAUGUUUCUGCUGUCUUCAAAUAAGAGAUACUCCUUCCAGGGUGCUUAUAUUGACAUAGCGGCUAAAAUCACAUCAUGAGCAUUUCAGAGGAUGGGACUCAAUAUUAUGACAGCUUCAUAAAUUCCCCCAGGGCAUUCCCAGUUGACACCAAGGUGAACACACUGCAAAGGGCUAUGCUGCUCAAAAUGGGGCUCCCAGUACACCAUGUAGACAACACCUAGAUACUGAGACAAGCAACACUUCAUGUGCAACCAUAGACACUUGAUUGCAGGGUGAAGAGGGACACAUGUGCACAAACACACAAACACAUAGAUACAGAAAGAUGGAGGAGAGAGGGAGAGGGGGAGAGAGAGAGAGAGAGAGAGAGAGAGAGAGAGAGAGAGAGAGAGAGAGAGAGAAAGAGGGAAAGGUGAUAAAAUGCUCUCAUUGAGAUGACAAAUUAAUGCAUGCAAUUGUGUCAUCUUAGAGAGUACCAAGAGCAGCAGACAUCAGCACCAGGCCUUGCUGCCACAUAUUAAGAUGUGGUACAAAAACUCUCCAGCUGCUAUAGAAACAUCCAGCACACAAUGUCUUUCCAGCAAGUAAAAAAAAAAUCUAUAGCAUUCUCACACUAGCCACCACUUGACAGGAUCUCUCCAAAUGCAUGCUGGGAAUUCACACACUACUGCUUCAAUUCCUGAGUGAUUCAGGCCACAGGCUCUGAUUUUCAUUUGGAGGAAGCAGAACAGUCUAAUGUCCCCAUCUCACUCCUGCCCAUGUGUCAGGUUUUGCUUCAGAGAAGCAUUUAGAGAAAUUGUGUUGGGCAAAGGGACACCCAACCUCCCAGAAGCCCAUUCCUUAGACAAAAUAAACUAAGGGUGAAAUUGUGGAACGGAGACGGUCACUAUGGAUUUUGAAACAGUAAAUACUUGUUGUCCAAGGAUCCUUCGGUUACUAAGAUGAGGCGAUCUCUCAGAUCAUUCCGUUGGGCGGUCAUCUCCCGGAGCUGAGUGGUCAGGCUCUCCACCUUCUGCUUCACUUGCUUCUUUGUGAGGCUGGUUGGAGUGGGUGGUGGCUCCUUGGAGGCCCCUGUGGGUAGAUGAAUGAACACAAGUGAACAUGCAUUGUGACAAGACAUAGAGAAUGAACAGGUCACCCUGAGACCUGAGAAGGUGUCUGAGAAAGGAUGUAAGCAAGCAAUUCAGUGACACCCCAAAGAAUUUUGCCCUGGACUGAGAUGACUCCGCUGGGCAUCUUAGGUCUCCCAUCUCUGUGACAGGAGAUAGGUGUCUCAGCCAGCUGAUUUCGUCUGUUGCUUUAGCACAUGUUUUAGGUAACUAAGGAGAGAGCCUCCUCAGGCUUAUUAACAGCUCUGGACUCUGCAUUCAACUUGGCUACAGGGUUCACUAGUCUGUGGCUUUCAAAUGCAAGUAAAAUUGACACAGUCCACAAACACUCAGGUCAUUAAAGAUGCAAAAAUAUCCUGACAGGUCACUCUAAGCACAUGGCAAAAAUGGAGAAGCCACACAGGACCAAAUAUGGUCACCAUCCUCACCAAGAUGCCUCAGUGACAAAGGAGGGUACAUAGAGCUGGUGGGCUGUAAAUAAAUGAAGACACUGAGGUUGAAGUACAUUGAUGACCUGCGUUUUGCUGAGCACAGUUCACUUGAACUUCCUACCCUAACGCUGGCCUUUUUGUCCCCUCUCAACCCCUACCCUCCUGUAGGAUUGAAAGGCAAGAGCUCCCAGCACAACAGCUUUGGCCUUACUCACUCCUGAUUUCUGGGACAGACAAAUUACUCUUCUGAAAUCCUUGAAUUUCAGGAGCCAUGACAAGCAGGGAAGUCCAGUUGGUUCCCAGAAACUCCUACCUCCUGUGUCCCAUUACUGGAAGAUUCAGCUCAAGCCCAGGUCCUGCAGGGACAUCCCAAUUUCCUGACCACAACUUACUGUACCAUCUUCUGGACCAUUUCUUUCUUGACGGUUCACAUUGGAAUGGCUGAAGGCCAGCUUGUGUCUGCCUCUCUCUGGUUUCUCUUCCCUCUCCUUUCUCUCGACCCAACAGAGUCCUGAGUCUUCUCAACAUGUUGAUGGCUGAACUGUAAGGGCACUGAACCAACUGUCCAAAGGCAGUUGGUGUUGCUACCACACAGGUGACAUCAGAUAACAUUCUAAAGUCUCCAGGAUACAAUAGAAUGUCCAGGCAUGAGACACCCCUGAUGUCAUGGGGAACUGACAUUGCCUCCAUGCUAACCAGAACUCCUCCUAACUCUUCAGAAGUCAGGUUUCCCAUUCUAGGAAUCUCUCCUGGGACUCAAGAGAAAUGCUUCAGUACCCUUUUGUUCCAUAGCCAGAGGUUGCUCUCUGAUUUUUUGGAAAUUCCUCAGUACUUCCAUGUGGGAAUGAAAGGGACAACAUCACCUCAAUACAGGAUUUGGGAAGGCUGUGAUCAGUCUGGAGGAGGCAGGAAGUUCCUGAACAACCUGGAUAUCUACAGUUGCUUGUCUAUAACCAGGAACAGUGAUUUUUCAUUUGAUGUCUUUCUUCCACAAGACUUAGUAACAGAUCAAAUGGUUUUUACCUGGGAAGCACCAUGGUGUAUCUUUAGUUAUUCUAGUAUCAGGUCUCUUGAAUAGCUGGGUGAAUCACUAGGGGCUUACAGAAAAUGGCUAUAAAGCAAGCAAGAGAAAUAGAAAUCAGAGUUAUUUGGGUUUGUAGGAAAGACACGAAAUGGCUGAAAUGUCUACUGAGGGUGUUCAAUGUUCCUAGCUUAUUUAAAAUUUUCUCUUUCAUGUUACUUAUAACCAUGAAGCAUAACAAUGAUGCUGGGGCAGUGUGAGUAUUAGUCUUUUAUUACUCAUAUAAUUACUCAAACUAGAAUCACCUGGGAAGAGAGAGCCUCAAUGAGGAAUUCUUUAGAUUAAGUUGGCUUUGAGCACAUCUGUUGGAGAUUUAUAGAUUGUUAAUCAGAUGGAGGUCUCACCCUAAAGUGUGCAGAACCACUUCAUUGCUGGGACCUGAACUGUGUCACAGUGAAGAAGCUGGAGCAUAUGCAGAGACAAGCAGGCAGCAUGGCUGCAUUUCCAUCUCUCCGCUCUUGACAGUGGAUGUGAUGUGACUGAGUUCCUGCCUUCAUAUCCCCAAAAUGGACUAUUACCUGGACCUGUGGGCUAAAAUCAAUUCUUGUCCUGCUGUGCUUGGGAAAUUAAUAUAAAGAAGAUGCUAAGAAACCACUAUGUGACACAGGGGUUUGCACAAGUCAGGGAGAUGUGAAAGUAAUUCAUGACAUGCUCAACAGCAGCGUAUCUGACCAAAAGCAGGAGAUCCUGUGUUUUACUGAACCCAACAUAUGUUUCCCUAUCACAGAUUUAUAAAGAGACACCCAUUGACUCAAACAGCAUCACCUUGUCAACCAAUGGCUCUGGGUAGUGUCUUGCCCUCUCAAGUGCUGUUCUAAAUUUUGUUUUGUUUUGUUUUGUUUUUCCGAGACAGGGUUUCACUGUGUAGUUUUGUGCUUUUCCUGGAACUUGCUUUAGAGAUCAGGCUGGCCUCGAACUCACAGAGAUCAGCCUGCCUGUACCUCCCAAGUACUGGGAUUAAAGGCAUGCGCCAUCACAGCCCGGCCUAAAUUCUUUUCAGCUAUAAAAUAAUGCAACAUUAAUUUCAAUAUAAUUUAUUGUUCUAUGGGUUUCCUGACUAUUAAAAUUUGGGGAUUUGGGGAAAUGGAUCGGAAAUCACAGUCUUAGAGAUGAAUCUCAACCUUAUUCUAUGUCCUUUUUUGGAGGUCAGGAGAAGCUCCUUAAAGGCCAGAUCAGGGAAGUACCUCAGCUGCCAGGUAUGCCGAGUGUUAGUAAUGAGUGGCAAUGUGUCCACUAAUUACCUUAGGCCAGAGAUUAACCCUAGGGCUGAUGCACACACAUGCCUGUGAAGAACUCUUGGUUGCCCUCUAAUUCUGUGCUUCUUCAGCAAGAUUUCUGGAAACAGAUCUUUGACAAACUUCCUUUUUCAGAAAUAAAUAGAACUACUUAUAAGGGAAAAGUCAUUUUGAUUUUGUCCUUCUUCUAGAACAUGUGACAGCCCCUUCUGAGCAACUUCAAAGGGCUAUAGAAGGAGGCUAAGGUCUCGGCCCAAGAACCAAUAACCAUAGUUACAGGGACAGAGUGCAGGUCUGAGGAACAGAGUGCAAAAGCCAGAAGUUCAAGGAGGAGACAGCAGGGACACUCCUGAAAUGCUCUGUUAUGUGGUUGCCAUUUUAGCCUCUCUGUAUGUGAAUUUCUUCCACCUAAAGAAAGGAGGGUGGAGAUGGACCAUGGAGAUAGGUGCUGCAACCAGGAACAACUUGUAAAAUAACGUCUUUCAUCAUUGGGACUUUUAAUGGACACAGAAACAGAUCUUCUUAAACUAUAGUCCACAAAUUGGUAAAGGAUUUUGUUUUUGUUUUGUUUUUUGUUUUUGCUUUUUAUUCUUUUUUCCAGCUCCCUGCAUUCUCUUUCCUUUACCAGCUUAUGUCUUUUGCUUUUCUUAUGUGGAUUAAUUCACACUUAACAAGGCAGGACCCACGGAAGACUCACUCACAUACUCUUUCAAUGGUUGCCUGUAUUAAACAUGCAACACACGAUAAUUCAAAUCUUGGCAUUAAAUCCUUCUUGAGCAAUUUAACCACAGCAGCCAUAGUUUACUAUUUUGUUAGAAUAUAAAUAAUAGAUAGAGAACAUACAAAUAAUGGCAUUUCGACGUGAUAAGGUAAAGUUCCUGCAAGGACACACACCAUGAGUGAGAGCUCUCCUCCUUCCUCUGCUCUAUGCCUUCCACUCUCAGCUCAGUCAGGCCAAGCCUAUCAUCAGGAACAAACUCCCAGAAGAAUCCCUCACUGAAUAUACACUCAUGAAUCAGUCACUUCCACAUCAAGAACACGGUUCCAAAGGACAGCACUCACAGGAAUCAGUCACCAUCUCUCUUCCAGUGGGAACUCAGCCUUCAGGGAAGGAACUGAGCCCCACCAACCAUUAUAAGAUUUUCAUAUGCUACCAUGUAACUUCCUAAACUGGGCCAUUACUUUCUAAAGCAAAAUGGGUAUGUCAUUGUGCAUAAUUCACAGGUAAUGUGGACCAGAAAGGAUACUGACCUCCAGGAAGCAGGAAGGAAUAAAGCACAGAGAGAAUAGACACUCGUGAUACUUAAAUGGAUAGGCAGGAUCAAAACGUAGGCUUUCUACCCUUAGUGUAGAAUCUCUUCUUACUGAUUUCAACUUCUGGUGAGGAGUUUAAAAAGAGGAGGAAUCACACCUUUCCAAAGUGUUCUGCCACCUCCACUGACACAGGACAUCAUAUCCCACUGAGGACAACCAGGACAGGGAAGGAAAGGCUUCUGCUAUUGUUGCUUGAGAGAAUCAGAACAGAGGCAGUAGGUAUAAAUUCAUGUCCAGCCACAGGUCCCUUCCCUGAGGGCUAAUAGAGAAGGUGUCAUCCUGGACAUUCAGGUAGAGUAGUGGCCACUACCAGAUCCUAGACACACUGAGUGAGCUGCAGAGAGAAGAGGUGGGUGGCAGUCCAGGGGAGCCCAAAGGAACUACUACUCACCCAUGCCCUCAGUGUGCUGUGGCAGUCCGAAGAUGCCCUUCAGGCAGAGAAUGGGCAACAGUUGAGGCUGUAUCUGCUUCAGUGAAGUAAGAAAGUCCUGGAAUUCAUCCUGCCUCUUAGGAGGGUGCACCUGGAGCAGCAGCUACUCUUUGGUGUCCCCAGCCUCCUGCUGCCACUUGCCUGGGCUCAGAGUGCCCACUGCCUUGAAGCAUGGCCUCCACCUUGGUCAUGACCUGGGCCAGGGUCUGAGGCCCAAUGCCUAGCAGUUCCUGGUGCUGAGUCUCUAUACUGUCUGACCAACCUGCCUCACCUUGUCCGGCUCUGUGGGAUGGCACCAGGGCUUUCAGAGACCUUGGUGCUGUGGGCUGAAAUGGGUGGCUUCUUAGGGUACUGAUAGGCCCGAGACAACAGGGGCCAUGGGCUGGAGUCUAUGGGCCUGGGUCUCCAGAAUUCCAGUGGUGCUCAACACGUACACCCUGGGAUCCCAGGCAUAGCCAAGAUGACUGAAAAGCCAGGAAGAUUGGAAGAGGAGGAGGAGGUGGAGAAGACAGAAGGGACCCUGGUGGGGAUGGUAGCCAGGUGGUCCUUAAUGAGCAAAAUCUUAUUUAAAAACAUACGGUAAUGUAUAAUAUAGAGCAGCAACAGUAGAAUGAUGUUUAGAAUGAUUUAAUUUGAGUAUAAGAUGCAAGGGUCAUCUCCUUAUUUUCUUGGCUGCCUAUAGUGGGUGAGGUUUAAACUCUGUUCAUCCCAAAUGUCAGCCUUCUCACUGGUUGAAUUGGCACAGCUCUAACUAUCACUAUUCCCAGAACACUGUACAAAUUAGGCAGGAUUCUGUGUUAGACCUGUACUUGACCAACACAGCUCUCCCUUACCACACACAGCAAUAACUUCAUAUAUUGUCUUGUUGGAGAAAAUGAAGUCUCUUCAAUGAUCUUGAAUUAUUGUCACGGUGUUUUUUAUCGUGACAAUAGGAACUCCUUGACAACAGAUUUCCCAUUUCCACAAUAGCUUUUACUACAUUUACUAUUUAUACUUAUUAUGGUAGUAACAAUUAAAUGACUUUUUGUGGGGUGUUUUUUGUUCUACUUAUUCAUAGUUAAUACUAUCAUAAAUACUGACAGAAGAGGAAAUACUGAUAACUAUGAAGUUUGGUACUUCCCUUUUGCAUGGAAACUUGUCAUUAUGAAGGCUUUAAAAGAUUGUCAGAGUUUUUGGCCAAACACCCUAAGUGUCAUGAUAGAACUCUCAUCCAGUGACUGGAGGAAGCAGAUGCAGAGAUCCAAAGCCAAGCCCCAGGUGGAGCACCAGGAGUUCAACAGGCAAGAGAGAGGAGGGAUUGUAUGAGCAAGAGAUAUCAAGACCAUGAUGGAAAAAGCACAGGGACAAAUAGCCCAACUAGCGGAAACACAUGAACUGUGAACCAAUAGCUGAGAAGCCCCCAUGGAAGUGGACCAGGCCCUCUGAAUAAGUGAGACAGUUGAUGAGCUUGAACUGUUUAGGUGGCCCCCAGGCAGUGGGACCAGGACCUGUCCUUAGUGCAUGGGCUGGCUUUUUGGAACCUGGGGCCUAAUCUGAGACACUUUGCUCAGCCUUGGUGCAGGGAGGUGGGGCCUGGACCUGCCUCAACUGAAUCUACCAGGCUGGGCUGACUCCCCAGGGGAGACCUUGCCUUGGAGGAGGUGGUAAUAGGGGGUGGAUUGGUUUGGGGGAAUCCUGAGGGUUGGGAGAAGGGAGGACAGGGGAAUCCGUGGCUGAUAUGUAAAAUUAAAUUAAUUAUAAAAUAAAAAGAUUUGUAAAAAAUAAAAUAAAAUGACCAUACAGGUAUCUCUGAACUGAGAACUUGGCCAGAGGCAAGGGGGAAGAAACAUUUAGUUCAGAUUUCAAAAUAAAUUCAACAGAAGGAUGGUGCUGGUUGUAAGAACAAUUCAGUGCAAGCAUUCAUUCCAAGCCAGUUCCUCUUUAUUCUCCUGUUCUACUUUAUAUAAGUGCAUUUUACUUUCAGGUCACUUGUGAAGAAAGAGAAAGCAAUACAUUUUCAUGGAGAAAUGGAUUCAGAGCUCACGUGAUUUCAUUUUGUUAGGAUUAUUACCACAAAAUCACACAGGCCUACUGCUUUUGCUGCUCAUCAUCUCCAUAUUCUCUGUGGCCUUGCUUGGCAACUCAGCAAUGAUCCACCUCAUUCCUGUGGAUCCCAAACUCCACACCCCCAUGUACUUUCUGCUCAGUCAGCUCUCUCUCAUGGACCUGAUGCAUAUCUCUACCACUGUUCCCGAGCUGGCAUUCAACUUCCUCUCUGGCCAGAAAAGCAUUACCUUACUGGGCUGUAGAGUGCAAUCCUGUUUCUUUCUGAACAUGGCAGGUUCUGAGGGCUUGUUCCUGGCCUCCAUGGCCUAUGACCAUUUCGUGGCCAUCUGCCACCCUCUUCAUUGUCUUAUUCCCAUGAACAAAAUGAUGUGUCUGGAGACGAUCAUAGGAUCUUGGACACUGGGCUCCAUUAACUCCUUAUCACACACAGUCUAUCUCCUUCACAUUCCUUACUGCCAUUCUAGGUCCAUUAACCAUUUCUUCUGGGAUGUCCCUGCCAUGUUGCCCCUGGCCUGUAUGGACACUUGGGUUUAUGAGUACAUGGUAUUUGUGAAUACAAGCCUGUUUCUUCUACUUCCUUUCCUUGGCAUCACAGCUUCCUGUGGAUGGGUCCUUUUUGCUGUCUUCCACAUGUGCUCAAAAGAGGGAAAGAAAAAGGCCUUCACUACAUGUUCAACUCACUUAACUGUGGUGACAUUUUACUAUGCACCUUUUGUCUACACUUACCCUCAUCCCAGGAGUCUCCAUUCCCCCACAGAAGAUAAGAUUCUGGCUGUCUUCUACACUAUCCUCACCCCUAUGCUCAACCCCAUCAUCUACAGCCUGAGGAAUAAAGAGGUCCUGGAGGCCAUGACAAGAGUCUCUGAGACAUUCUCUUCCACAAAAACUUUAUCAUUUCCUCUCUACUCAUAUUUCAGUCCCUGGAGAAUGACAGAGUAGUGUUGCCUAUUGGAAAUGUAAUGUGUCCCCCACACAUGUCAUACCUUUCUCUUGAGUUAUUACUGGUUAUGAUUAAAUAGUAUGUUCAUUAUUACAUAGUAUAGCAAUUAUUCACAUGUUUAAAUCACAACAUUAUAGUCAAUUAUAUCAAUAACAGAAAUUUGGCAAUUACUAUUCUAACAUAAUAUGACACAUUAUACAUUAUGAAUGUAUAAAUAUUACUGUAAAAUGAUAUUGUAUGCUGAUAUUGACAUGUUUCUACAAAAUUAACAUAAUUAAUUGCUUUGAUUAUAUGUUUUGCUUUCAUUCUUUUCAUUAUUAAAAGUUUAUGUAUA